AUGUCGCGUGCAUCGGCCCGCCCAGUCGCCAUUCCCAUUGCAUUUUCGAUACCCCCCAGCGACGAUCAGCCCGAGCCAAUUCAGAGCUCUGGAGAAUAUAUUCGGCAUCUCCAGAGCUUGACGCAUUUUAAUUCUGACCUCCAAAGAGCCGGCUAUGUCAUGCAGCAGCUAUCGCAAGAGUAUCUAGAUCGCAAGCGGAGGUGUUUUCUAUGCAGCCGUCAUCUUCCUCAUAAGUUGAAAAAGACCAAUUACUUGCCCAAGACGCCAGUUCAAAGAGGGGGAAAUAACGAUGAUGAUGAUGAUGAGGACCUUGGCCAACCUAUCAGUCAUCCCGACCAAGGUGACUCGUCCAAAAAAGCUAAGAAGCCAGUCUUGCACUGCAAGUAUCACCCCGGAAGAGUCAUUCAAAGGAAAUGGACCUGCUGUAGUGGUAUCCCUGGUUCACCUCCAUGCCAGGGCAAAGAAGACCAUACGCCAAAGAUUUACGCCGCCGGUGAGCUGGAAAGAGAAUGGAGAUACUUCUACACACCCAAUUUCCAAUCCAGGGGCGCUCCAGCAGUCGCCGUCGUCAUCGACUGCGAAAUGGGAACAGCUUCCACGGGAGAAUCCGAGCUGAUCCGCGUCUCUGCUGUUGACUACUUCUCAGGCCAUGUCCUGCUCGAUAAACUUGUGUAUCCUGACGUUAAGAUGAUUCACUUUAACACAAGAUUCUCGGGAGUCACUAGACAAGAUAUGGAGAACGCACGACGUACGCGGUCGUGCCUCAUGGGCCGCUCCAGUGCUAGAACGGCCCUCUGGGAGUUUAUCGGCCCCAAUACCAUAGUCAUCGGACACGGCGCCAAUUCUGAUUUCACCUCUUUACGCUGGAUUCACCCAGCCAUCAUCGACACGUACCUGGUCGAGAAAGCAAACAGGCCUCCAGAAGAGGACAAGCAGGACAAGCAAACGGAACAAACGUCCGAGACCACAACCGUUGACCAAGAGCUUCAAAAAGAAGCGGCAAACACCCAGCAAGGGUCCGAUGAGAAGGGCCCUGCGGCACCAAGACAGAGAGGAGGGCUAUCGUUGAAAGCACUGGCGAAAGAGAGGCUUGGGCGAGAGAUCCAAAUCAGGGGCAAGGGACACGACAGCGUCGAGGAUUCAAUCGCAGCCCGAGACAUCCUGCACUGGAACGUCUGCAACCUCCUUGAGCCAUCUUCAUGA